AGGCACGUCACAUUUUUUUUCUCAUUUAUUUAACUUUAUAAGAUUUCUAAGGUUUACAUUAUUACAGUUUAAUGAUCUUAAACAGACAGAAAAAUACCCACAAAGAAUGAUGAUAACAAUAAUAAAAAGAAGAGGAACCUGGGCAAGGAAGUGUACAGUGCACCUUAAGGAAAGCCUGCGCUGGAUGUGAUUGGCAUAGACAUUAUUCCAUCCUUGGUACCCUGCCGUUCCGGGAUUAUAGUGACGUCACGCUGAUACCCCUUGCAUGGGUGAAUGCUAAAGAACUAUAGAGCCACAAAUAAUAGCACAAGCAGAGUCCAUAUCUUGGAAGACUUACUUAUCCUUUAAGCCUCCUUCAGCCAACAUAACAUUUUUUUUCACUUAAUGGCGUUUAAUUUAAAUUUUUUUAUCGGAUCUAAAGGAGGGGAUUAUUCACUGAUAUAAAACAAUCUGCAGCUGGUUCCAUCCUAAAGUCUCCCUCCUUUGAGUGAAGUCAUCUAUUAUUGAGCGCAAGGCCGUGUGUGGAAAUGUGGGCAAGACGAUGGAUCUGAAGUAGAAUUGGUURCAAUCGAUCAAGGGUGAAGAAUAUUCCUGAUGUUAACAAAGGAAGCAGCUAUGUCUUUCUCGCAGUUUGGAUACCCUUACAAUGCAACUUCACAGUUUUUCGUGUCGGCAAACCCCAGUUCCACUUGCUGCGAUUCGAUUUCCAGGUCGGUCUCUGACGGGACAGGCAGCUCUCAGACCGCCGCUGCCGCCGCUGCCGCCGCCUCCUUCUACUGCCCGUCCUACGAAAACCGGCUCCUGGCGAGCAGCCGCACGGAGCUGAACGCAGCGCUGGGGAUGUACAGCUCUCCAUACGCCGGAGCGGCCACAGCCAGCCAGAACUACGCCAACUACUUCCCCUACAGCACCGACCCAUCCGCCAUCUAUUCCUCUCUGAACCCACAAUAUGACAUCAAGGACAGCACAGGCACUUUACACUCUGGCAUUGCUCAAACGGCUACUUACUAUCCCUACGAUCAUUGUCUAGGACAGUACCAAUAUGACAGAUACGGGACAGUGGAUUUUAAUGGCACUGCUCGGAGAAAGAAUGCCACGCGUGAGACCACCAGCACUUUAAAAACAUGGUUGUAUGAGCACCGCAAGAACCCCUACCCCACCAAGGGUGAAAAGAUCAUGCUGGCCAUCAUCACCAAAAUGACCCUCACCCAGGUGUCAACGUGGUUCGCCAACGCCAGGAGGAGGCUAAAGAAGGAGAACAAGAUGACCUGGUCRCCAAAAAAUAAGGCAAACGAUGACAGGAAGGAGGAUCUUAACAAGAGCGACCAAGACUGUGUCACCAAAGCUUCUCCUGAUUGCAAGGAGGAGAAGGAUCUGCAUCUGAGUGACUUGGAGGACAUGGAAGAGGAUGACUGUGACAAGCUGGACAGUGACUGUGAAAAGGUGGCAGCGGAUGAGCAGGACCUCCACACAGCCAUGGCGGUGCCUGGAGCACAUCAGAAAAGAGACUGCAGUGCUGAGCUGCACCUGAGUUUAAAUAACAGCUUCCACUCGUCACUCAGCUUUCCCUCUGCAAUCAAAAGUCUCACCACCCUGCCCCCUCUCCCAUCCGAUUUCCUGGACCCUGGUGUGUCCAAGGCAGCCUCUCUGACCGGCCCAUCAGCGGGGACAGUGUCCCUGUCUCAUUUUGAAGCGUCAGACAAGCCACGGAUUUGGUCUCUGGCUCGCACGGCAGCUUCGGGUGUCAUACUGAGCCCCCAGCAGCAUGGCUCGGAGCUGAGGACAGGAAGCUUAACUGGGGACUGCCAGCUGCAGAGCGCCAGACUUUCUGGGGCUCCCACUGGACAAUGUGGGGCUACAAGGGCCCUCCAUGAUUCUGGCAAUACUGAGAGCUCAUUCCCUGAGGGCUCCUCCUUGCACUCCAAAGUUUAUGGCACAAGCAGCUACAAUCACAAGGGCCUUCAACUUCACAGUUCACCAUACGUCACCGUCCCAGACACAUGUCAGUACCCCAGUAUUGAAGAAUUCUCUGGAGGCAAAGUGGAGAUUCAGUCGCCCGACCUCAGUGAGGCCUGUGGGACCGUUCAGGAUGACAAGGUCACUGCAUUCAGACCAGUCAUGAAGAGGUGAAGCAGGUUGAUGAAGAUUGAAUUAAAAAAAUAAUAAUAAUAAAAUCAAGACAUUUCUUAUGCACUAAAGGACUCAAAGACCGAAUUGCUGCCUCAGUCGGACACAGAGGGGCUCCAUCUGGCCCUGCUGCAGUGGAAUGUGUCAAACUGCUGGACUGGACUGUCAUUUUGCACAACAUUGAAUUUUAAUGAAAUUGAAAUUUAAACAUGACUUUAUGCAAAACAAACAAAAAAAGAAAAAAAAAAGAAAAAUGAGAGAAAAACAUAAAUUUCUAAAUGCAAAAUAUUGGCCCAAAUCCAUGUGUGGCUAAUAUGUGGUGUAAUUUUGAAUGAUCUUUGUUGUGUAUUUAUUAUUUUGUUUUGUCGUCUGUUUGUUUGUUUUUAUUUAUUCAUUGUGCUUAUCAGUUGAAUUUGUAUUUCCUUUAAGUAUUUUGAUAAUUGUUUUUUAUUAUCAUUAUAAUUAUCGUGUUUUUGUGUCAUUCUGCCAAGUGUAAAACAAAAAUUCUUGCUGGACUUCUAGCUGACUAUAAAGGACUGGAUCAGCUGUUUUGUGUGUAAAUUUGGAUGUUUUUUUGUCAUUGUGUUAAACUGUGAAACCCACUUUUCUUUCCCUCUGUUUGCAGAGAAUUUAUAACAAUACAUUUUUUAUAAGAGCAUUUAGUACCAUGUUAUUUAUAGAGUGUAAACCAACCAAUUUUAAAACACUGGCAGAUGUGGAUUUGAUCAAAGUUUCCAAUCUAGACUGUAUAAAAUAAAUAAUAAAAAAGAAAAUGCUGCA